AUGCCAUCGACUCCAUCUAGGAGUUCCCCGAGGCCAGCCAGGCCUACAGUUGCGGGGAGAGUAUUUGCUUUAUCAGGUGCAGAGGCUUCCACAUCAUCAGACUUGGUGAAGGGGAAAUGGAAGGCAGCAAGUUCAGUUUUUGUGGUGACAUUGGAGAUGUUUGUGAGAUGCCCGGUAGAGGCGUUUGGUAGGAGGUUUCGAGGGAACCUGAUUGUUUUGCCUAUGUUGGAGGAUGAGGUGUUGGUGUCAGCAAGUCAGGCUGAACAAUUAAUGAGGGAUGAUGCUGAGUGCUUCAUGUUGUUUGUUGCCUUGAGUGUUGAGACAGAGAGGGCCAUCACUGGGAUUGAGAUUGUUAGUGAGUUUCCUGAUGUGUUUCUAGAUGAUGUGUCAGGAUUGCCACCUAUACGUGAUAUUGAGUUUAGUAUUGAUCUGGUACUUGGUGCCGGACCGGUAUCAGUAGCCCCUUUUAGGAUGGCUCUAGCUGAGUUGGUAGAGUUGAAGAAGCAGAUUGAGGAUUUGUUAGUGAAAAAGAUGGUGAGGCCCAGUGUUUCUUCUUCGGGUGCCCCGGCCGUUCUUGGAUAG